AUGGUUGCGGCAAAGAAGCACGUCCCGAUCGUGAAGAAGCGAACCGCAAAAUUCAACCGCCAUCAGUCUGAUCGGUUCAAAUGCGUCGCCCCGAGCUGGAGGAAGCCCAAGGGUAUUGACAACCGUGUGAGGAGACGGUUCAAGGGCCAGGCGGUCAUGCCAAAGAUUGGUUUCGGAAGCAACAAGAAGACCCGUCACAUGAUGCCCUCCGGCCACAAGGCCUUCCUCGUCAACAACACCAACGACCUCGACCUCCUCCUCAUGCACAACAAGACCUACGCCGCGGAGAUCGCACACGCCGUCUCGUCGAGGAAGCGGAUACAAAUUGUGGCGCGCGCGAAGCAAUUGGGGGUGAAGGUGACGAACGGCAAGGCCAAGAUCUCGACGGAGUCAUAG